AUGACAGGAGGAAAAGUGCAACGACUUCGUCGAGGAGCUUCAUUAGAGCAUGUGUAUACCCCAGCAGACCUGCACUUUGGACACAUUGACUCGGCUUUUCAAUCUCAAGAAUACAUAGCUCAAUUAAUUCGCCAAGACCCGCACGACGUGCAGAAAAUUGUGACUCCGCCAAAAUCUGAUGACGAGAAAAGUUCAGUGGAUGAUGGGUGCUGGUUGUACGAACAGCUUAGACGCUUAGCACAAGAUCUAACAUAUCCGCUUAUUACCAACUUACAGCUAGAAUGCAACCGAGACACUUGCCCCGAAAUGAAAGCGGGCGAAUGGCUUUACCUUUGCGUGGCACAUGGUAAUGCUGCUGGGGGACACAUCCAGGCACGUAUACUUCUUGUUGCGCGAUCGAUUAUAUCGUACAUACAUUGGACAGUGCAACAGCACUUCUCAAUUCGACACGCGUCUUCCCCUCUAGUACCCCAAUCGUCAUACCGUCAUUUUUCGUCCCUAGCUCGCCGUCUAUCUCGAAUAUUUGCCCAUGCGUAUUAUCACCAUCGUGAGCUCUUCUCGCAAGCAGAAGCCGAAUCAUCGCUCUACGCACGCUUUCUUGCUCUUUCACAGCAACACGAAUUGGUUCCUCCCGAACUGCUGGUGAUUCCCUCUGAGAGCUUUGAGCUUAACUCGUCAAACGAUCGUUCACGCCAUACCGUUGAUGACCACCGUGACCCUGGAUCUCCUCAAAGUGCUAUAGAAUCAGGCCAAGAAGGGACGUACUUACCCAAUGAGAACGAACGGAACAUGGCACGACGGCUUUUCGAGGAAUGGACUGGAAACAGGGGCACGGAUGAGACUAAUGAGGUCGAAUCAGAAGAGCAGAUUUCUGACGAGAACGUCACAGAAGAAUAUCCCAUCGAGGACCAAUCUGCUGUUCCGGACACAGACGAGCACGAGGGUGUACCGAAAGCUCACCAGGAACCUAAGGAGCUCCCUAGCGAGCCCAUUGCCCCUGGAGACUCCCAUGGUCCGCAUGACGAAGCACCAGAGCCCCCAGUUCAAGCUACCUCUGUUGUCACUCAGGAAGCUGAGUCUUCACCGAAAACCGAUGGCGAGAAGACCGAAAUCCAGGUGCCAGACAGAGAAGAGGACAAUGACACAACAAGUCCUCCGUCCAUUACUGUGCCAACUUCGGUUGAUCCUCGCCCUCAAAGCCCAGUGAAGGAAUCUGAAGCAAAUGAUGCUGAAAUUCCUAGAGGUACUAAAUCAGAAACGGACUCCGAGACACCAGAAGAGGGAGGAGAGCAAUCCAAGGAUAAGGAUACUGCUGAGAAUUAG